UUGCUGGCGUAGGGCUGCAGUUUGAUGUCUCCUACUAAACGAACGCAGAGGGAAUGGACGAGGAAGACGCUGCCGCUCAAACUGCGUGUGCGCACCGCUGACCUCCACAGUUAUUCGGGAUCUGGCUCCAGAACUUCCCUGGAAAUUUCAUUUUCCUGAGUUUUCCAUGCAAACAUAACUGCUCACUCUCUGUCAGAGUAUUCUUUAUCAAGGGACAAGAGUGAGGACACAGCAUGCUGUCGUCCCUGAAGACCUUGCUGCUGCUCUCGGUCCUGUGCGCGCCGACCUCCAGCCUGUGCCUGCGCCUCCACCAGACCCGCUCCGAUCUCCUCUGCAACAACUUCCUGGCUGUUCGGGUUCCAAGUGAUGAGCCCGAACCGGGUUACUCUCCAUUAGGCAGCCUGGGGUCCCUGCUUCAGUCCGAGGGGUAUCUCAGUCCCCCCUCAUCCUCCUCUUCUGCUGAAUCCAGCCGGGAAAAAAGAACUUCAAGUCCCGCAAAUUACCGCUUCACGAGCCGGACGAAGCUUCGAGGGCAGAUGCUCCGCAACAGCAUCAAAGGAGACCGGAGGAGCAGACUGACCCUGUCCCUGGACGUCCCGACCAACAUCAUGAACGUCCUCUUUGACGUGGCCAAAGCCAAAAACCUGCGCGCUAAAGCGGCGGAAAACGCGCGUCUCCUGGCGCAAAUCGGACGGAGAAAAUAAGAAACUUUUCGUUCACACAGACGUGACAGGGUUUUGGUACAGCCCGUCAGCACCUGAUCACUUUUCAUCCUUCAAAUACACUUUUUCCUCCAAGUGAACAAAAAUUUAACUCGGUUAAAGCAGGCAGAAUAAAAUCCGGUUCUAUUGUUAACUAUUAUUUUUUUUAUCUAUUAAACCUGUAAGAAAAGCGCCUCGUUGUUUAAAUUGUUGUUUAAUUGCCUGUUUAAAGAAAUGAAAUAGUUUAGCUUGAGAACACAACUUACAGUUCUGGUUAAAGAAUCGUUUACAAAUCAAUGCAUUUGUUUCUUUACUCCUCUCAGACAUGUUGCUGUUGUGGCAGCAUCUUUACCUCAAACCCAGACAGGACACACCUGAUUUUAUUUGAGUUACGGGCUUUGAGUCACUUACUGGGGAGUUGUCUUCGUGUGAAUCAGGCCCAAGUUAGAAUAAGCUACCUAAAUGUCGCAGUUCAUUAGGCUUUCCUCUUUUAACCACGAUUGCCACUCAGUUUAAGAAUUCAUUGAAAGUAGAUUGAAUGAAACGUCUUUCAGUUUGAUGUAUUUGGGAUUUUCUGCUGGGUCGCAAAAGACCACAUUGUCUGUGAAAAACGCAUGUGAAUGUAUGUGCUCAUCAGAUAUCUGUUAUUUUUAUACUGCAAAUAAAGGAUUAUUUUUCCUCAAUUAAAGCAGAUGAAGGGUAC